GCGGCCCCAGCGGCUCUCCGGGCGGCUGCCGCCCAGCCGGGCCCGCACCCCGGCGGCAACGGGGCCGCCCCGCUGCCGGUCGGACGGGGCUCAGCGCCGAGAGAGAGGCACCGGGUCCCGUCAGAGCCCGGAACCAUGGCGCUGAGCGCGGGGAGCCACCCCCUGCACACAUACACACACACACACAGGCAGGCACAGCCCUUCCGGCCGGGCGGGCGCUGAUCGCCAUGGGGAAGCACGGGAGCUUCUUGGAGGCGGCGGCCUGGGAGAUGGCGGCCGCCUGCCCGGGACAGGCGCGGUUCCUGCUGUGGACGCUGGGCAGGCGCCGAGAUGAUGAAUUUGGGAAAGAGAGGAUAUGUCCUCACUGCUUCCAGUUCCUGCUUCCCAGUAGCCGCCGGGUGCGUCUCAAGCCAAAGAUGAAGGUGACUCCGCAGAUAGAGAAGAUUCUUAAGCGAGAGGCAAAGAGUUAUAAGCUCAACAUGAGACAGACAAAGCUUCUGAAGAAGUACAGGGACUCCAAAAGUGUUCUGCUGAUUACUUGCACCUCAUGCAACAAAACAACAAGGCAUAAUGGUAAAAGCAGGGAUUUUCUGGCUACCAAGACACAAAAUUCUGGCACUCCAGCUAUUAAAUCUAGCCUGAGGACACCAGAUGUAAAAACUCAGUCUGCAAAAAAAAUGACACCUGUAAGCUGCAGUAGGCUGGGAUCCAAAGGGAACACGCCCUCAUCUCUUCCCAGAAUGCAAGCGUCUGGACAGGUGACAACCAGUUCCGGUUCCAAGACUCCCCGAAAUUCCAAGUUUCACUUUUCUAAGCUAAAACGGAUGCUCAACCUAGAAGAAAAAGAGAAAAGCCAGAAGGCAGAUUUGAAAACCUUCCUGACUUUACUUUAAUUAUUCACUGUUUCAAAGUAAUAAUGAUGACAGCAAUAAGUAUGUUCUGAUUUUGGUAAAUAAACACAACUGGUGAUUUCAUUAAAGCUCAAGCUAACAGCGUGUAACUGUAAGAGUAGACCAUGUAUUUAAGAAUCCAGCUCCCUAAGAAGACUGAUUGUCCACAGGAAGGAAAUGAGGAAAUAAUCUAAUGUGUUUGGGAAUCUGGAACGUGUUUUGCAGUCACUGGUGGCCCAAGAUUUAAGUUAGGAUCUGUCCUUUGUGGAAGCUGGUAAUACUGGGUCCAUCAGUGGGUCCAGUUAGGACCAACAGAUAAGUUGGCAGGCCAGGACUGGGGGGGGGGGAAAUAGGGUUUAAUGUGGUUUCCUCCACUUACCCCACUCUUUCUAAGACAAUGCAUAACGACAGAAUUUAGAAGAUCUCCAAGAUCUCAGUCCUGUUUCCCAAGUUUAAAACAAAGAUGCUUUCACCAGCACUGUUUGCUGGUACUAUAUUUUCAAGGGUCUAAUGUACUGUCCAGGAGUGUCACUGUCUUUUGACCCGUGUGGUAAUUUAAGUGUAUUACACAGCCUUUAUGAAAGCUCCGGAAUAACUUAACCUUGUAGACAGCACUCACAUACGAAGAAAGCUAAAACAGUUUAUCACCAGAUUAAGUAUCUUCAUUUUCUAAUAAAUGUUUCCUGUGCUUUGGACUGAUCCCAGGAUAAUGCCAAGCCUUUUAAGGCUGCACAGUGCUGUGGGUGCUCUCAAUACCUACUCACAGAUCCGCACUAGAUCACUGUCGGUGCCCCAAUUUGUCACUGCUAUGAGAGUUACACAGCCAUAAAGAAUGUUGGCUGCUAAUUCCCUUCUAAUUGCUCUGGUGCUAGCAAAAUAGGUCACUUUUGUCUCUUUCAGAAAUGGCUAAAGAGGCACCGUCUAUCUGAGCUGUCUUUCAGCUUUGUCAGGCACCUGAACUUUGGUAUGGAAAGCUAGGCUUGCACUGCACAGCAGUCAACUUGUUGCACAAAACACUUCGGUGUGAGUUAGAUUGUUAAGGUUAAAGCAGUCUCCCCUGACAGAUUUUGUGUGUUCAGUUUGCACAGAGAGGAGAUAGGACAGCAGAAAGUUGCUAUUCUGUAUUGGGUUCAUGUUCUGUGUGUAGUCUGCAGUGAAAGUUCUGCAAAGCAUGAGUAUGGUUUUUCCCUCUGAAAAGGGAAUUUACCAGUAAAAAAAUAUUUAAAUUCUUGGUCUUAAAGAUCUGUGUUUUCCUUUUUUAAAUAUAUAUAUUUAUUUUUAUAAAUAGCAUAUUCAGAUUGUUUCAAUAAGCACGUUCAGCUUCAGUGAACACCAUUUAGGAAACAGGACCAGCAAGUUGUCAGACUUAAAAACAAUUGGAGGUAGGAGAGAAUAGUUUGUUGCAGUGUCUGGCACACGUGGCAAAGGCUGGCAUGUAACCUUUUUAUGUUUCCUAUAUGCUUACACAAUAGGUUUCAAAGGUUCACCAAUUGGUUUCUUACAUACAGGUACAAUCUAAUUAACUGUCAUUCUUGGCUCAAAACGUGAACCUUGGGGUUAAAUCAUUUCAGUGUAGAACUUCAUAUUAAGUCAUCUGUUGUUACUAUGUUUGUGAUCUAGUCCUGUGUAAAAAUUCUUCCAUCUUGUUGAUGCAGAACUUGUAUUACAAAAAAGUAUUUGUAAAACAGAUUUUAAAAUAAAUUUUUAUAUUUAAAGAGUGCACGUUAGACUGCUUCCUGUGAGGCUCAUGCAAAACCAGCUCAUGCAAAACCAGCAUGGGUAUCUAUAUACUAGUGCAAGAUGCACCAAUGUAAAUGUUUUAGGUCAAAUCAGGAGUAUGGUUUUGCGGUUUAUCUCCCAGCUGCCCAUUUUUACUGUACUUUUUAUGCCACACUGAAUGGUCUCAGAGUAUGUCAAUGACAUUUCUUUUGGAUAAAACAACAUCAUGGAUAAAAGCAGAGAAGACGUGCUCUGGGAACACAACUGAUGUGGUCCAGCCACUAGUGGGUGAUCUGUUCAUAAAUCCACAUGAGUUAAUCUGAAGUUCACAUGCCAGAAAAAGGGUGUUGUGGAUGGCAGGCACUGAGCUUCACGUAUUUUGCAUGCCAGAUGUAAUUCUGUUGCAAUAUGGUAUUUGUUAAUACUCCAGACCACAUCUUCUUCUGUGUAGACUGACAACAGGAGUUCUCAGAAAAGUUCAGAUGCAUUCUUAUAAAGAAUCACUGUCGCAAGAUAUUAAACUUAUGUUACCAUGGGGAAAAGCAAGGAAUCAGUAUGUGCCAUCCCUCGUUUUACAAGUAUACUUCAAAAUGCCAGGCAGAAAUAAUUUUGAUAUUUUUUUUUACCAUCUGAAAUGCUUUUAUGUUAUUCUUAAGCCUCUAAGAACAUAUAUUUAUUUAUUUUUCUCUUUCUGGACUACAUGCAUAUGUGUGUGUGUAUGUAUACACAUAAACACAUCAGUUGUGUAUAUAUACAUUUAUAGACACAUACACAUACAUCUGAUGCAUGCUUUGGAGUAGAUUCCGUUCCUGUACUUGACAAGACACUGAAGACUUUGCUGGCUGCAACAGACUGUUAUUUACCCCCCCGCCAAACACCUGCCACGCAGCAUUACUCAUUUACGUGUGAAGAGCUAGAACAUCUCUCUUUGUCAAGAGGAAAAGGCACUGAUACCAAUGAGGCCAGAAUUUUACCAAAACUUUGUAAAGCAAAACCAAGAAGGUUCUCCAUUAGGCACGCACCUCUGCAUACAAGUAUUUAAUUAUGGAUUGAGAGUUAUUAUUUCCCAGCUCAUAUAAUUCUACUUAUGCAAUUAUACUGCAUUAUCUUUGAUACUAAUAGGAUGAUAACACCACGCUGAAAAUGCUACAAAAAGCAGCUUAAUAUAACCACCUCAAUGAAAGCUUAUUUAUUUUGAAACCACUUGAGACAUUUCCACAUUUUUGUAUAUUGGGAACCUCAGAGUGGAACAGUACAAAUGGUACCUCACACCCAACCCUUCCUCCCUCCCAAAGCGACAAAAACCUUGGCCAAACCAGACGGUUUAUCAGCAAUAUUUCUUUUCUUAAAAAAAAUUACAGCCUUAGAGAUACGACCCCAGACUUCUUAAUGCACUGCUUCCUCAUUGAAAAAUUUCAGUUUAUUGUACAAAAUACAAAUACAGAGAGUAACAAACUUCAAAAUUAGUAUUGAUCAUUUCCUCAGCAUCGCUCUGUGAUUUUGGUUUCCUCUUAGGUAUAGGGAGCAGUUUACAUUAAGACCAAUGCACAAAAUGAGAUUGAAUAUGCAAGCAAUAAACAGUGAUUUCAAAGAUGUUUUUACAACAAUGUUUUAUUCUAUUAAAUAUGAAAGAGCAUACAUACAGGUGUUAUUUUAAGGACAUAAAUUACACAAGGAUUACACAAUCCGUCAGAAGAGCACAAUAAUGAAACAUCUUUACAUUUCAAACUUUUCUUGUUAGCUUUUAACAAAUGAGUCUAUUUCUGUUGCAAACAAGUAACAAGAGUGCUAUUGAACUUUUGCAAAUUCCCACAAAAACAUCAUGCUUAGUAGGAUACUUUAAAUGUUGUAAAGAUGAAAUCAGAAUUAGGUUUCUAAAUAACAUGAUGGAAGAGAUUUACUACUUAAUCAAGAUAAAUGACACACUGAAAUAGGAGCUGAGACAAAAUUGGUCAUUCAUUAAAAUGAAAAAAAUAAAAAUCCAGACAGUACAUUUGAAUCUGCUUUCUUUACUUGCAGGAAUACUCAGUGUGAUUAUAUGCAUGAGCAAUAAGCAGAACUGGCCCUAAGUAUUUAUAAAUGUAACAGUCACAUUUUAGACGUGCUGGUUUCCUAUUUCACUAAUCGUUCCACAGCAGAAAAGCCAGGAAUCAGUUUGUUACGUUUCAAAAUCCAGCUCUUCUGUAGAGGGCCAAUCAAGCCUGUGCGUGAUCUCCAUCUGUGCAGGGGACUACCGUAUCCCAAGUAUGUAUUUUGGGUAAUCACUAAAUUACCAGACUGAGCUGCCACUUGCUCGGGAGAGGAAUAUUAGCCUGUCAAAAAUACUAAAACAAUGUCUUUUUAAACUUCAGGAAAAGAGGAAUGUAAUUUUAUUAUAAUGAAAGCUCUCAGUUUGACAUUCAGAAGACUACUCAGAUAAAAUACAUAUUAAGCAUGUAGUCUGGGUUGUGUUCCUAGGGAUUAGCUGAGGUGCUUCAAUGUAUUACUACAAACAUUACCUGAGUGAGACAGACCGACUAAUGUUACUGCAGUGUAUGCUUUGAUUUUCAAAAGGAGCAAUGAAACAAUUUCUAAGAGCAACUAUUUUUGUAACGACUUCAUGUUUAUUUUUAAAACUGGAGAAGUGGGGUAAUGUUCUGGGUAGUUUUCAAAACAUUUUGCAAAAAUACAGCUUGAUCCUGCAACCCCCAGAGUAUACAAGCAGUCCCUGUGACCUCCAAGGUAAGCAUUCUCAUAUGGCAAAGAGCUGCAGGAUUGUCUUUGCUUUUUUUUUCACAGAAUGCUCGAUAAAAGUGCAAUACAGUGAAGCAAAUAAUCUGAUUAUUAUGCUUUUGUUAUUAGCUGCAAAACGUUCAGAUACUAUUUAUGCAUUUUGUAAGGUGGGCAUUCUGGUUUGGGUACAGUCAGACCGUGUUAGAAGAGACGGGCAGGGUACACGCACACAUUCCCCCAGUGUUGCAACACCCCAAAGCAGUUCUGUUGUAUCAUCCCAGCUACAGGUAAUCACUGUGCUGCUCGGAGUUUCACACUGUUAUUUCUGUUUUGACAAGCGUUGACAUUUGUUUUGCUUCUCAUUUCCAUUCAAACAUUUUCUCCCCCUUUUAGCUUCCAGGCACUCCCUCUUUCCCCACCCAGACUCUUUUCUUCCUGAGAUGUCAGACGUAUAUGCAAUAAACUUUGGAACCUGAGAAUUUGGAGGUAUCUUUUGAUACUACAGGGCUGCAUUUGUAUUGUACCGUGUUAUCUCUUGCUAUACUACUACAGCUACAAUAUAAGUCUUCUAACUAGUUGAUACAUGAUGCCUUUCCCAUAGAAAUAAAAAAAAAAAGUACCAUUCGGCCACUAAUAUAUAACACUUGCUAUAAGAGUGACAUUUCCCUUCGGCAAGUCCUCUUUUCCAAAUGAAUUUUGAGGGACAAUUUCCAAAAACCCAAUUAUGAAAUACUCCUUGAAGUAAACAAUUAUCACAAUAAA